AUGAAGGAAGCUGUUGUUGAUAAAUCAGUCACUGUCGCGAUCCGUGACGUUGACAUUCCCGUCGUGAAGCCUGGCCAAGUGUUGAUCAAGGUGGUUGUAUCUGGCACUAACCCUAAGGAUUGGAAGGUGCCAACAUGGCAGCCCGAUGCGCCUGCUGCAAACCAGGGAGAUGAUAUUGCUGGCUACGUCGAGGCUGUGGGAGAGGGAGUGCCAAAUUUCAGAAAGGGUGAUAGAGUGGCCGCUUUCCAUGAGAUGCUUACAGCCGGGGGCAGCUAUGCAGAGUAUGCCAUUGCCUGGGCGCACACGACCUUCCAUCUACCCGAGGAAACCAGCUUCGAAGAGGGCGCCACGAUUCCUCUCGCUGCAAUGACAUCUGCAAUCGGACUUUUUCAGGAGUUGAAUUUGCCUCUUCCUUGGAAUCCUGCAAAGGAGUCGCUACCUCUGGUUGUGUAUGGCGGUUCUUCAGCUGUAGGAGCUUUCGCGAUAAAAUUGGCUCGUCUCUCAAACAUCCACCCUAUCAUCGCAGUGGCCGGCAAAGGCACCUCGUACGUCGAGACUUUGAUUGACCGCUCUAAGGGCGAUACGAUCAUUGACUACCGUGAAGGGGAUGAAGCGAUUCGCAAAAACAUCAAAGCUGCUGCCGGUGGCCUGCCAAUUCACCAUGCAUACGAUGCGGUCUCCGAGAAGGGGUCCUACCGGAACUUAGGCGCAGUGCUUACUGCACCAGCGAAGAUCACCGUCGUCCUUCCAGGAAUUGAUUCUAAGGAAGUUCCAGAGGGAGUCCAGCUGUUAAGGACAAGUGUUGGAUCAGUUCACCAAUCUGCAGCUGCAGGACAGACGGUCGGUAACAUCGAGUUUGGCGCUGCAUUCUUCGCCUUUUUCGGCUGGGGAUUGGCCCAGGGUUGGUUCACGGGCCAUCCCCACGAGGUGCGCCUCAACGGAUUGGCAGGACUUGAAGAAGCAUUGCAAGACUUGCAGGCCGGUAAUGCUUCAGCAAUAAAGUAUGUUGUGCGCAUCGCCGAUACCCCAGGACUGUAG